CAUCUCUUCCACUCUCUGCCUUGCGUGUUCUCACACCCUCCCCCCUCUCUCUCUCUCCCUGCAGGGGUCACCGUGUGCACUGGGGUGGGCGAGCAGCAGCAAGCCGUUCGAAUCACCUCGCGGGCUGGAGCGGGCGAGCAGCAGCAAGCAUCUCUAACUCUCGGCCUUGCAUGCUCCCCUCCUCUACCCUCCUCGCUCCUUGCGUGCGCGCGCUCGGGCGGCCAAGCAGCAGCAAGCAUCUCUCACUCUCGGCCUUGCAUGCUCACUUCCACUCGCCUCUCUCCCCUUUUCUCCCCUAUCUUCCCCGUGCAGGAGUCACCGCGCGCGCUGGGGCGGUCGAGCAGCAGCAAGGCAGCGGGGGCGGCGGGGAUGAGUGAGGAGGAGGCGAUAGCGGAGCAGCAGAAGAUGUUUGCCGAGGCACGCGCUGCCAUGCUCAACCUGCAACGCCCCUCCUCCUGA